CAGAGUUGAGAAGGAAGAAGCGGAAGUCCAAAUUGUCGCCUGGGUUCUGAAGCUCGUCUGAAGUGUCGACGGUUUCAGUUCCACGCGAGCGCGCGAGCGGAGGCGGUAGUGCUUUCUCCUGUUUGCAGGUUUUAAGUUUGCUGAAGUUUGGAAGUGCUUGAUCCUUCACACACACAUACACACACCCUGACAACCGGACCACCAUGAGCAGCAAUUACAGCGUGUCCCUGAUCGGACCCUCGCCCUGGGGCUUCAGACUGCAGGGGGGCAAAGACUUCAGCAUGCCUCUCACCAUCUCCAGAUUGACGGAUGGAGGAAAAGCGGCCAAAGCGAAGAUCAGCAUAGGAGAUAUCGUGCUGUCCAUCGACGGCAUCGCCACAAACACCAUGACUCACCUGGAGGCUCAGAACAAGAUCAAAGCCUGCACAGGCAAUUUGAGCCUCACCCUGCAGAGAGCGUCCAGCGUUCCCAAAGGCGAUGUACCCAAGGAUGAAUCACCAGAGAUCAUUAAACCCGUGCCCAUCAGCCACCCACCUGCUCCCGCCCCUAGUGCCAGCCCCACCAACCCUCCCCCAAGUAGCACAUACAACAAGACGGCCUGCCCAUUCGGCGCAUCUUCUAAUUUUAGAGCAGUCAGCCCGACCUCCACUCCUGCAGCACCCAAAGCCUCCAUCCCUUCUGCCUCCUCAGCUUUCACCCCCGCUGCUCCCUCCCAGCAACCUCCACCACAACCCGCACAAGGCCCACAACCUCCCUUCCCACUGGCCAGCAGCUCCGCCUCCCGCACAGUCUCCUCUCUUAACCCUGCCCACAAACCUGGCUCCGCUUACUCCCCCUUCUCUCACUCCUCUUCCUCCUCAUCCUCUGGCUCGUCUUCGCCAGCCAGAGUGACAGGCCCUGCCCCCUCAUCUGCUCCCACUGUGCCACAGCCUUCGGUCUAUAACACGCCAUUCAACCUGUACUCCAAUGAGAACGCAUGUGAGGUGGCUAUGGGUCAGAGGCGUGGCCUACUGGAGCAACAAGGUGGAGUGGAGCAUCAGAAUGGAGUUCCCAGGAAGCCCAUCCCAGAUACGGAGCUGGUGGUGAACCACGGCUCUCACCUGAGCGACGCCAGUAAAAAGCGUCUGAUCGAGGACACGGAGGACUGGCGCCCACGCACUGGAACCUCUCAGUCCCGCUCCUUCCGCAUCCUGGCACAGAUCACGGGUACAGAGAACGAACAAGCCCACGAGAGCAGUCCCGGAAAGAAUGAGGCUGUAGAGGACGUCCAUGCGAACACUCACGCCACGUCCAUGGUUAAAACCAUGACCAAAGUGCCACGCACUGGGAAUGGAGUCCCUCCACCUACCACUGUGACUACCAAGAGCUGGCAGUCUGGAAACACUGCAGGACUUCCUAAAGCAGGUGUGCCAGCGGUGCAUACAGGGCGGGUGACUGGCGGUGUUCCGAAGGGUCCUGACCGCCCUGCGCCCCAGCCUCACCCCAAAGACCAAGAUUCACUGGUGCAGAGAGCGGAACACAUCCCUGCUGGAACCCGCACUCCCAUGUGUGGUCACUGCAACAUGGUUAUCAGGGGUCCGUUCCUGGUGGCUAUGGGGAAGUCGUGGCACCCGGAGGAGUUUAACUGCGCUCACUGCCGCAGCUCUCUGGCCGAGGUGGGCUUCGUGGAGGAGCGCGGCGCUGUUUACUGCGAGCACUGCUACGAGCAGUUCUUCGCCCCCACCUGCUGCCGUUGCCAGCAGAAGAUCCUCGGGGAAGUCAUCAAUGCCCUGAAGCAAACCUGGCAUGUGUAUUGCUUCCUGUGCACCUCCUGCCAGCAGCCCAUUCGCAACAACACCUUCCACCUCGAGGAUGGACAGCCCUACUGCGAGAGAGACUAUUACAAUCUUUUCGGUACCAGUUGCCAUGGCUGUGACUUCCCCAUUGAGGCAGGGGACAAAUUUCUGGAGGCUCUGGGCUUCACCUGGCAUGAUACCUGCUUCGUGUGUUCGGUGUGCAGCACCAGUCUAGAGGGUCAGGCUUUCUUCUCCAAAAAAGACAAGCCGCUGUGCAAGAAGCACGCUCACACUGUCAAAAUCUGAUCACAAGAAAAGCGGACAAUGGGAUGAAAUUUUUUUUUUUUGUUACAAAAAAGCUCAAUCAGCUUUUAGUGUUUAUUAUGUGAGAGUAAUUUUUAAGGUAUUGAUAAAGACGUUACUGGGAAAAGUGGUUAGUUCUCUGAUACGCUGAUCGUUGGAGUACAUACCGUACGUCGCUAGGGUGUAUGUUUUGUGUGUUUCCCUUUGUGGAGCUCUAUGAAAUAAAGUAUUGAUGAGAAUCAUGAUGCUUUCAAAGACAGUAAUAUAUAAUUUGCUAUGCUUUAUAUAUUAUCUGUCUUCUGCAAUGGACAUACUGAUGAGAGCUGUUUGUUUUUUUUUUUUGUUCAUGUCAUUUUAAAUGUACUGUUCUCAUGGUGUUUUUUCAUCUUUUUCUAUUGCUAAUACAUAAUGAUGUGUUUAAAAAAAAAAAAAAAAAAAAAAAAAAAGGAAAAAGUAGUUUGUAGUCAACAUGACAGAGUGAGGUCAGAUUGUUUUUGUUAAGAAAUCUGAACUUCACAGAAACUAACGUGUCCUGGACCUUUUCUCCUAGGCUUCAAUAAUAAAAGAUGUUUUGUCCGAUUGCCUCUUAGCAUGUAGGUGUUGAUUCAGAGCUACACGUUUGAUCAUCGCUCACUCCUCCAUCUCGCUUCUGCUACUCCAGGCUCUGGAGCAUUUUCCCAUGUAUAUUUAUUGAUGCAUUUACGGGGUUCCUAAUGGUUUCACACAUAUUUCACACUUCCGCUGAGUGUCAAGAGGAAAAUUGGUUUAGCAGUUAACAGUGAUGUUUUGUGUAAGGUGCGUUUUGGAGCUGUGUGUUGAAUCAGAAACUGAAAUCCAGUGUACGGCGCUUGUCAGUGUAUUACUUUAGCUACAAUGAGCACAUAAUAAUUCUUAAUGUGCACUCUGGUGUUAUGAAAUGAUCUGUUUUUUUUUCUCCAUCUGUUAUGCAAAAGUUUGUCUCUUCCCAACUAUGAAACGGGGAAAAUAAACACUGUUCUUAACAAGC